GGAGUGUGUGCGUGUACACGCGCGUGCGUUUGUGUGUGUGUGAGAAGGAGAGGAAGGAACAGACGAAAGAGACCUGCGCGCACACACGGAUACUCUCUCUCUCUCUCUCUCUCUCUCACACACACACACACGCACACACACUCUCGCUCUCCUCCUCUCUCUUUUCUCGGAGCCGGGGGAGAACCGGGAAGGGAAGAAUGAGGAAGAGGUCCGCUGCGCCGCGCGCCUCCUCUCAGCGAAUGCGGGUUUGCUGAUGAAGCGCCGCUCCGGUCACCCGAUCAUACAGGUCACUCAGGUCGCGCUGCAUGGAAACGAGGAGUAGGCAAGAAGAGCAAAAGAUAAGGGCAACAAAUAAGGGGUGGGAAAAAAAAAACCCAGUGUGCAUGGGAAUUCGGACUACUCUUCCCUCCCUUUGUGCGUCUCGGUGGUUGGAUACGCUGUCUUGACUAGCGUAUAAGAGCUCCCUGCGUCUCCAUUACCCUUCCCCACUACGGGCUUCACCUCCGCCACCACUCCUCCUCCACCGCCUCCUGGUUUUACUCCUACUUGCUCGCAUCGCAAGAAGAGCCGUUUUACUACUUAACUACGAACACCGUCAACUCCGGAUUGAGAAGGUUCAACAUUCUCAUUAACCUUCAGCUCCUGGUCCCGGUCUCACCGUCAACAUGGGCUUCAGGUGUCACUCCUCUGCCCUGUCUCCUGUGCUGAGACUAGCGGUCGUUACUGUGAUCCUCCUCCUCAAACCCCGGAGCGCGCUGGCCGGUACCGCUCCCGAGCACAGCCUUGGCAGCUCAGUUUCGGCGGUGUCCACAAACAAAACUGAAUGCAGCAAGGCUGAACAGUGCACAAACGGGGUCCUGCUGCCCGUCUGGGAGCCCCGAAACCCGUCGUUUGGAGAUAAGGUCGCCAGGGCGACGGUUUACUUUGUGGCUCUGGUCUACAUGUUCCUCGGCGUGUCGAUCAUCGCGGACCGCUUCAUGGCAUCGAUAGAGGUCAUUACGUCACAGGAAAAAGAGAUCACUAUCAAGAAGCCCAACGGAGAAACCACCACCACGACGGUCCGGAUCUGGAACGAGACGGUCUCCAACCUCACCCUCAUGGCGCUGGGGUCGUCUGCUCCAGAGAUCCUGCUCUCCGUCAUAGAAAUAAUAGGUCACGGCUUUGAGGCCGGCACGCUGGGCCCCUCCACUAUUGUGGGUUCGGCGGCGUUCAACAUGUUCGUCAUCAUCGGGCUGUGCGUGUACGUUGUGCCCGACGGCGAGACGAGGAAGGUCAAGCACCUCCGAGUCUUCUUCGUCACGGCAACCUGGAGUAUCUUUGCCUACAUUUGGCUCUACCUGAUCCUGUCGGUGAUCUCCCCCGGCGUCGUGCAGGUCUGGGAAGGCCUGCUCACUUUCCUCUUCUUCCCCAUCUGCGUCGUGUUUGCCUGGGUGGCAGACCGUCGCCUGCUGUUCUACAAAUACGUGUACAAGCGCUACCGCACCGGCAAGCAGCGUGGCAUGAUCAUCGAGACCGAGGGGGAUCGUCCGCUUCCUUCCAAGGUGGACAUUGAGAUGGAUGGAAAGAUGCUGAAUUCCCAUGGUGUUGACUUUCUGGACGGUCCACUGGGUUUGGACAUCGAUGAGAAGGAUCUGGACGAGGAGGAGACCCGCAGAGACAUGGCCAAGAUCCUGAAGGAGCUCAAACAGAAACACCCCGACAAGGAGGUGGAACAACUCAUUGAACUUGCCAACUACCAGGUGCUGAGCCAGCAGCAGAAAAGUCGAGCUUUCUACCGGUGCCAGGCCACCCGACUCAUGACGGGCGCCGGCAAUAUUCUGAAGAAACACGCUGCAGACCAGGCCCGAAAGGCCGUCAGCAUGCACGAGGUCCGCUCCGACGCCGGCGACAACGACCCCGUCUCCAAGAUCUUCUUCGAGCCCGGCUCCUACCAGUGUCUCGAGAACUGCGGCACGGUGGCUGUGAACGUGGUGCGGCGAGGCGGCGACCUGGGCAAGACCGUUUCUGUGGAGUACCGGACGGAAGACGGCACGGCCAACGCCGGCUCCGACUACGAGUUUACGGAGGGCGUCGUCGUGUUCAAGCCGGGCGAGACCAUGAAGGAAAUCCGCGUGGGCAUCAUCGACGACGACAUAUUCGAGGAGGACGAAAACUUUCUCAUCCACCUGUCCAACGUCAAGGUGCUGACCUCCGAAGGCGAGGAGCCGGAGGAGAACGAGUCGGCCAAUCACGUAGACUCCGUUGCCUGCGUCGGCAUACCGUCGACAGCCACCGUCACGAUAUUCGACGAUGAUCACGCCGGUAUCUUUACGUUCGAGGAGCCCGUUUGCCACGUCAGUGAGAGCGUUGGCACGAUGGAGGUGAAGGUGCUGAGAACGUCUGGCGCUCGUGGUGUGGUCAUGCUGCCCUACAAGACCGUGGAAGGGACUGCAAAGGGCAACGGGGAGGACUUCGAAGACUCACACGGCGUCCUCGAAUUUCAAAACGACGAAAUCUUGAAGACCAUAACCGUUAGAAUCUUAGACCGGGAGGAGUACAGUAAGGAAUCCUCCUUCUUCAUUGUGCUCGAAACCCCCGAGUGGAGACGCAACAGCAAGGAGCAGACAGAGGAAAAGCCAAAGGCAGAAGGGGAGGAAGAGGAGCCCCUGACAGGGAAAGAUGAAGAGGAGCGACGUAUAGCAGAAAUGGGCCGUCCCAUGCUGGGAGACCACGUCAAACUGGAGGUCAUCAUCGAGGAGUCGUACGAGUUUAAGAACACGGUGGACAAGCUGAUAAAGAAGACCAACCUGGCUCUGCUGGUGGGAACCAACAGCUGGAGAGACCAGUUCAUCGAAGCCAUCACUGUCAGCGCAGGUGAGGAUGAUGACGACGAGGAGUGCGGGGAGGAGAAACUGCCGUCGUGCUUUGACUACGUCAUGCACUUCCUCACCGUCUUCUGGAAGGUUCUGUUCGCCUUCGUCCCGCCCACCGAGUACUGGAGCGGCUGGGCCUGCUUCGUCGUGUCCAUCUGCAUGAUCGGACUGCUCACUGCCGUCAUCGGGGAUCUGGCUUCUCACUUUGGCUGCACCGUGGGCCUGAAGGACUCCGUCACAGCGGUCGUAUUUGUGGCGCUGGGAACGUCUGUGCCAGAUACAUUUGCCAGUAAAGUUGCAGCCAUACAAGAUCAGUAUGCAGACGCCUCCAUUGGCAACGUGACAGGCUCCAAUGCUGUCAAUGUGUUCCUGGGCAUCGGGGUGGCCUGGUCCAUUGCUGCCAUCUACCACAACAGCAAGGGCCGCGAGUUUAAGGUCGACCCCGGCACUCUGGCUUUCUCCGUCACACUCUUCACCAUAUUUGCCUUCAUCUGCGUUGCCAUCCUGAUGUACCGGCGGCGGCCGGAGAUCGGCGGGGAGCUUGGUGGGCCCCGGACUGCGAAGGCCCUGACCACCAUGCUGUUCUUCAGCCUGUGGCUCCUCUACAUUCUCUUCUCCUCACUGGAGGCCUAUUGCCACAUCCAAGGCUUUUAAGAGAGCGAGCGGAAGAUCCCAAAGAGAAGGGUGGGACAGAGGAACCGGAAGGAUAGAAGAAAGGGAAAAUAAAGGAAUGGAUUCUUGGAAAUUUAAGGUUGUCUUAUUGAUCUAUUACUCCCUCCCUUUGUGCAAUACGUUAAAUGACAAAUGAAUGGAUGUAUGUACAUGUGAAGGACUUUCAGGCGCACUCAAGCAUCUAAAAACGCGGUGAAAGGAAGCAAAGGCGCGCGGAAGGACAUCAUACUUGAGAAUUAAAGCCACUACAGAAAUUACUCAACUGAUGGCAAAAAGGAAUACAAAAAGAAAAAUUCUCCCCUUACUCCACAAAUCCUCACGCAUCAAGCUAUCUUGACCAAAUUCAUGUUUAAACGCAUAAGACAAACUUACUGACAUGCACAGAUGUGAUAAAUGUCUUUUCUCCCAGAUGAAUCAGACAUAUUUCAAAUAUUCAGCCCGAUCAUCAGCGCUCCAAGUGUGACGAUGUGCCCUAAACGGAAGACCUCCUCAAGUCGGAGCAAUGAUUCUCUUGUUGUCCAGCUCCAAAAAAAAAUGUCAGUGCGAGCGCAACACACAGUAAGAACAAACCGGAUUCUCGGCCACAUCCAAGUAUCGACAACAAUCUGUGUGUCUGCAGGAGUAGGAGGGUGUGUUUAUGUGCUUAGGCGCGGUAGGACGAUGGUAAACUACUGUGAAAAAAAAAAAAGCCUCUUGUUUUUACUGUUGCUGCGUUAAGACAAAAAUGCUAUUGUACUUGAGGUCCUCUUGACUCUCGCGGCUUGUAGAAAAUGCUGAAUUGGGAAUUUCUGUUCUGGGAGGGGCCCAUUCCGUGUGGCGAAACUUUGAUCAUCGCCAGGGUGGCACGUGUAAAUACUCUGAGGCGGAUGCACGUUUCAACUCGAUUGAUUUCGUUCUGAAUGUCUUGGUUAAUGCUGCACGCCUCGCCCCCCUCCACCCCCUCGAAGGGCCCUUCGUUCUUGUUGCUUUAUACUGUAGAUGUAAAUGGUUUAAGGUCCUUUCUCAAUCAAAGUUGGUGGUGGGGGUUAAUGUGCUUUUACCUUUAAUAAGGCCAUGUCUGAGAAGACGCGCUGGCCACUCUACCGUUAAAAACUGUUAGAGAAACCAUAGUCGUCGCAUUAAUAUCAAAGUUAAUCUUUAUUGUUUUUGUUGUUUGUUUGUUUUUUAACACUGUGGGAGCGUCUUAUUUCUUCCCACAGUUGAGAUUUCCACAACCAUAUUUCAGUGAAAUCAUUGAAAAUCAUACAUGCACAUAUCUGCAAAACCUGAUAGACUUUCUGUCAAAUCUGUUUUACACGGUUUGACUCUCUAAAACAAGUUUGGACAACAUCCCGUCUCCUAAGCAACCCGGUGCCGGUUGUUCAGUGAACCGUUUGAAUUCUUCUAAUAUCAAGGGCUUUGUUACAACAAAAUACUAAUUCCUGAUUCUGGCUUUUGGUUCGUCAUUCUUAGAACAGACGUACAUUGGUCAUCGGCGAGGGCAAUGUAACACAUGAUGAUGAACUUUGUUGACUCUUACUUGAUAGAACUUUGCUUCAUAGGAGAAAGUAUUGAGUCUAGUACUAAGAAGUGCUUGAUUAUUGUCUCGAUUUGCUCAGAUAAAAAUCACAUCCCUAGUUGAGUCCUAUCCCAUUUCGACUAACGCUGUUGGUCUUUCUUUAAGCUACGUCAGCUCAUAACAAGGCGUAGUUCCCUUCAGUCAGACAGAGUCCAGCUUUACUUAAUAACGUAGGACCCGAAUGGUUGUCCUGUAAAUUCUGUGUUAUUACUUUGACUAAAUUUAAAACUUGGCACACUUCUAAGGAAGCUUAAGAGAAGAAUUUCAUUGUCUGAUUGCAGAGAGGCAGUGGUCCAAAUGGCAACAAAAAAUAAAUAAAUGACAUUAAAACAUUAGUUUUACUGUACGUUCAUUCUACCUACCUGACUUUGCAAAACCAAUCAAAACUCAUCCAAAACCACACAUUAAAACGGUGAACAUACCCUCCGAGAUGUUAAACUUUACAUCAACGGGGGGGGGAUAAAAAGGAGCCCAAAAUAUUAAUAAGCCUAAUUUGACUGUGAGAAGUUUAGACUUCAGACUGUUAUUUUAUUUAUUCAGCUACAACCAUAAGGAUCUCAGCGUACACACACUUGUACUAUAGCACUACUGUAUGCAACUUAAUUGGCAAGUAUUUCCCAUGUGAGAUUUUUUUUUUUUACUUGAUGUACAAUAAACAGUAUUUUAAACUUUAUCUGUAAAAUAAUUAGUCUGGACUAGAUGUAAACCGUUGUAAACUUAGCAGUAAUUUUGUCGAAGACCGUUGUCGAUGCCAGUGAGAGUCGAGCCGAGGCCUUCAUUGGAUAUAAAUCCAGAGAAUUUUGAAGGACAUUAUAAAUGUUCUAAGUUUUAUAAAAUAGCUGAGUAGAGUUGUAGACAAUUGGCUGACAGUAGAGGACGUUUGAUCGGAUAAAUAUCCAACAACCUGGCUCAGACAGCCACUUGCGUUGCUAAUGAAACAAAAUGGCGGAGGAAAAAAACCCAACUCUGGAAUAUGAAAAGCUCUGUAUUAGACAGUAGUUGUCGUAUGAAGCCUUUGGAGUGGCAGUUUACCCCUACUUUGCCAAAGGGACAUCUUUCUAUCAGAAAUAUUUGUAACCCAUCCAGUAAAUGGUUUUCUAAUCAACAUCUCUUUCCAAAAAACACCAAAUAUACUAUCACAUUUCUUUAAGGAGCUACAGGAAAUGGGUGUUGUUUAAACCUUUCUAGGUCAAUUUUUAUGUAUUUGUCUCUUCACUGGCAUGGAGCUGAAGGUUUAUACACUGUAAACAACUUAAAAUGAAGUUAUGCUAGCACGUGCAAAACAAAAUGUAAGAAGCUGCAUUAACUUUAAAUGACUUCAAGACAUGAAUUUUCUUAGACGUUGCAGAAAGUCUACAGGAAUGAAGCACUUGCAACAAUGCAGUGGGUUUUUUUGCAUUCAGACCUUCUGUUGCACAAUUUUACCAGAAACAAACGUUUUUCUUUCGCUAAAAGGCGAGCAUUCUCUCUUGCAACACCAGCAUUGUUGCACGCAGUUUCUAUAUGCCUACCGUGACUGGCGGCCUUGGCUAACGUGAAGCUAACGGGAGCGGUUCUCACCAUCAGAACCAAGGUGGGGAAGCUAAUUUACUGGCUAAAUGUUUAGCGGCAACCAGCAAGCCUGCUAGCUAUGACUGUAAAUACAAAACAGGCAGUUGUUUUCUUUUUCUUUUUUUUUUUUAAAUUCUUUAGCCUAUUUUUCCUAGUAAAUAAUUGCAAUAGCUCUCGAGUUAGCUUCUUGGCUUGGGCCUGCGAGUAACAAGUCUAGAACACAAAGCAAAAGCAAUGAUUGAUUAAACAAAUGAGCUGUAGACUGCAGUCAUUUUGGGGCUUUUUUUUUUUGAUGUUCAAUAGUAAGAUUUUAAUAGGAAGGAAAAACCUUGCACUGCUUCAUGUUGCCAAGUGAAACGGCUACAGAACCGUUUCGCUAGCAGAGUUGCUUUUGCUGUAAACAGAUUUUUUUGUUCUGACUGAUUUACACAGUAAUUACAAUGUUCUUGUAAAAAAAAAAAUAAUAAUAAUAAUCCAGUGGUGUUGAAUCAGUUGUUAACCAUUAAUAAUGUUGCUACUAAUGUAAAAGUUGAUAUGUCUCUGUUGCCUAAUUUACUCCUUAACUUGACCGACUGUCUGACAGACUGAGAAAUAAAUACAUGCAACACUGGACAGUCAAAGGAAAGAGGGGAAAGGACAGACGGACGGAAGGACGGACUCCCCCUCUGGUACGAGAUGAGCAAAGAAAUGUACUGCUGGGAUUUCAAAAAAAAAAGAAAAGAAAAAGAAAGUUACCAAGAGUUAUUCUCUACCUUUAAAGCAACAUUUAACAAAUAAAAUGACAGGAUGCUAACAAAGAGAAGACAGUAUGAAAAAAAAAUAUGUGGAGGACGAAGAUGAAAAAAAAAACAAAUAAAUAAUAAAUAAUGAAGUUACAGCCAUACAUUGAUUUCUGGGCCAGUGAGACAAUGGACUCCUUCUGCCCAGCAUGUGUAUUGUUAUGAAGUCUUAUCUGUCCUCGUGUGUUUUCAUUCCCUUCCCCUUUCUUUCUUUCUAAAUGUCCUGCCAGAAGUAACCAAACACAGGCAGUAAUCUUUGUUAAACUUCCUCCCCCAAAAAGCCACCGUUUCGCCCGCCCUCCGUCUCUCCCUAUGCCAAGUUUUCCAUGUUUUGGAAUGUCGAUGUGCUACUUGUUGACACUGUGCAUGAAUGAUGACAUGCCUGUACAUAGUUAUAGAGAAUCGUAUCCCAUUCCUGUGGUGUUUGACGGGAAGAAGUCUGAAUGUUGUACAGAUUUGGAUCUUUCUGUUGAUCUUCUUCUUGGUUACCGUUUGGUGUAGAGCUAACAUUUUAUUUUUUUGUUGUUGAUUCAAACAAAGCUGCAGAGUCUCUGAAUUAAUUGCACAUUAUCAUUAACCGAGAUUUAUGUAAAAAAAAAAAAAAAGGCAAUAUCUGCUGUUAUUGAAUGAGAGAGGAGAUAGCGGAGUUAUAUAUCUUAAAUCUAUAUGGCAGUUGCAUGGGUUAUUUGUAAAAAAAAAAAAAAUUAAAUAUUUGAAAAAAAAAAAAAGCAGAAAAUGGGAGGGGGCGGGGGAAAUACAUGGCUUGCUACUUUUAAUACCAUGGCUGUAUUCUGACAAAUGAAGAAUACUGUAUGUACAUCUAAAUGUUAUUUUGUCUUUAAAGAAAUCAUAUUGUGUAUAUACUGUACAGUGUUAUCAGUGGGAUGACCUAUAUGGCCAUACACUAACCAUAGAGAAUUAAUUCAACAUAUUUAUUUAAAAGGAAGAACACUCGCUACACUCAAGAAUGACAUAUAUUGCCUUUUUGGAGAAGUUAAAAACUUGUCUUUCUCUCUGCCUUGUCUCUCCUUUCCAUGAAUUCAGAUUUGUCUUUCCUAGAUAGGUUUGUUUUCUUUAACUCUACCAACUCGUUUGUUUCCUGUACCCUUUGUUUUCCAGUUGUUUUUUUUUUAAGUCGAGUGGUUGCCGUCGAUUUCAGGCCGCGUCGCGUUUUCCGUCUAUCUUUUUGGCGUCUUGUAUGCCUGGCUGCUUUCCAUACUGACCCAACAGUGUCUCCAUGCUGACUCCCACCCACCUGACUUUCUGUCUUGUACCUCUUUAUCUAGUUACGCACAACAUAUCUGCAUGUGUCCUCAAUGGUCUUUCUGUCUCAAAGAAUCGCUCGUCUGUAUUUAAGUCCCCCAUCUGUCUUGUUUUGAACCAUCUGUUAGAUUCCUUGGUUACUAAAGCCCUUUGCGUUCACAUUUCAUUUUUAAUCCCUCAAAUCGCAUCUUUCUUUAAUUCGCUCUGCCUGUCCUCCCGUUACGUCUAACACGGUGUAGUCGGAGAACUUCACGUUUGCUGAUUUGGUGUGUGUGUUUGUUUGGGGUUUUUUUUUCUUUUCUUUUCUUUUUGGGAAAAUGGAACAAUAACACAAGUUAGGUUUGCAAUAAUCUUUUUUUUUUUCUUGUUUGUUUUAUAAUUAUAUGCCUCGUUUCUUUGUUGGCAUGUACGUGUGUUUUUAAUUUUUGUUUAACACCAAUGGGUUAGGCAGAAAGUUGUUCUGUAUGUGUGUCGCCACUAACUGUGACUGCUCUCCAUGGUACUUCUGAAAAGUCCAGUAAAAUAAAGUUUGGGAUACCCAGUUUCAAAGACA